AUAGAUAGAUCCCAGGUCAGCGGCCUUGUGGAAGAGUGUCCGCCAUGAGUUCAAAUCCACAGUCGAAUUAUGCCAAAGACUCGAAAAAUGGGACCCAGUGUCUCCCUGCUUGACACUCUGCAUUAAGGGGUUGGAUUGAGAAAUGGGUCAAAUGCAAAGAACAAAUUUCACGCACUUAACUGUGUAACAACAGUACUUUAAGAUAGAUAGAUCUGGAGGACUGUAAAUGACUGGAUGUGAAGUCUUUGUUCUUCUAUACUCACAUCCUUGUGGAAUAAGAAAAUAAAGCGAUAAAGGUCAGUUUGAGAGCAGACUGCCAAAUAUAGCUGCUGUGUUCAUGUGAGGGCCAGACUCUCCAGAACGACAAGCCCUUCUCUGACCAUGCCCUGUAAUUGAGGAGAAAAAAAGGACAGAAAUUAUAUGUUUAUUUUCGACAACAAUUUUAAUCUUCUGUGCUCUCUUUCAGAAAAAGAGACGCCCACAAAAAGGCUCUGAGAAUCUGCUUGACGCUGGCAGUGAAGAUUUUUGACCAUUUUCUUUCCACAAGAAAUGAAAUCCCCACAGGAGCAUCAGAAAGCUGGGUCGGAUCUAAAAAACGAAAGAGAAAAAAAUUUAAAAAGAAAAAUGUUUGUCACAAAUGUUGCAGUUUUAUGGCUGGAAGUGUUAGAAAACCUGUUUGCUGUCAUUUUUAAAAGACUCAAGCCUGUUAAAAAAAAAGGAAAAUUCAUUUAUACAGUUUUCUGGUGGGAAAAACUUCCUACAUUUUGUCACGGUUAUUUUUGUCAUGAAAAUAUUGGAAAGUAUCACUUAAACGUGAUUUUUCUAUGCUGAUGGAAUGAUUUUCAGGGUUGAAUCUCAUGUUUUGUAAUUCCUAGUUAUGCAGUGGUUUAAGUGUCUAGAUUUAAAUGAUUAGAUUUUUGAUUCCUGUAUUCCCUAUCUUAAUUAACUUUAGUUUUUUGGGUUUUUUGUUUUUGUAUUUGACAGACAUCUUUCUUGAAUCAGCAGCAUUGCCAGUCAUUCCCCUGCAGAGUCUCAGACUUCAGUUAAUUGGAUGUGAUAAUCUCCCAUUUAUUUUACUGAACAACUUGAUCCUUUUCCUUUAUGCAUGAUUCCAUCGUUCAGCCUCUUUAACCAUCACACUAAUGUCUGAAAAAGCAGUUAAGUGCAUUUAAGACUAUUGGAAACAGAGACAGGGGUUAAACCAGAAUAAUAAAAUCUCAGACAGAAACCACAAACUCGCUCAACUUCACUUCUUUUAUACUUGUGGCAAAACUUUGGGCUGUUUUGUUAUUUUCCGUUUAAAAACCAGCAGAAUGACUGAUUUUUGUUCUCAGUUUUUCUUUUUUUUAUUAUUAUCUGCGAUGUCCAUGGGGAUGCAGAUCAUCUCAUAGGAGUGCUGCUUACAGUAAUCAUCAUGUUUACACACAUCAGAACUAAUCUUAACUGGGGAAAAACUAAAUAAAAGCAAACUAUAUCAGCUGAUUCGUGUGUAAUUCAUUCACUUAUUUGCUAUAAGUUCGAGGCUCACGGUUUAAGGAGGUGGGAUCUCAUCUUUUUAGCCACCAAUCUCCGUCCGUUUCCCUCCAUCCCUGAUUCUUUUUUAUUGCUUCUUCUUCAAAGAGCUCGUAACCUAUAAUUAGGGGGCGGGGCCUCGGAGCCUCAAAACACUUCCCCGCGUGAGAGCCCGACUUCUUCCAAACUGUCCCGGGACUCGGAGCUGCGCCUCUCCCCUCAGCUUCCUUAGGAUUUUGUUUCUCAGGGAUGGCCGCAUCUAUUCUGGAGGUAGGAAGUAUAAUUGAAGACACUCGCUAUGGCUCCAGUCCUCUGGCUAUGUUAACUGCUACCUGUAACAAAUUUGGCAGCACCAGCCCUGUCAGGGAUUCGGCUACACCAGAUAAGACCGGCAGCACCACUCAAGUAAAGAAGCCAUACGCCAUGGCCUCUGACCUUCAAACAGCUAAAAUCGGGCGGACGACAGACGCCAGUGGCCUGGCGGACUCCUACACUGGCUCCUUCACCACAGCUGGAGGAGGUGGCGGUGGGCUGCUUACUCCAUCUGGAAGCCCCCCUUCUUCAGCUGGAGGCUACUCGACAGAAUAUAACCCCUUCUCCCACUCUUUCCAGACCUCAGUCUCCCAGGAUCCGUCUCUUCUCGUGUCCAAAGCCCACGCCACAGCCGACUGCCUCAGCAGCGUGUACACCUCGCUGGAUAUGACACACCCUUACGGCUCCUGGUACAAAGCUGGAAUCCACCCCGGCAUAACUUCUGCCCCAGCUAACUCUACGUCUUCCUGGUGGGAUGUCCACCCCAACUCUAACUGGCUGUCUGCAACACAGCCCCAAACUGACGGAGGUCUCCAGGCCUCUCUGCAGCCUGUAGCACCGCAAGCGUCCCUCAGCCCACAGCUGCCAAGCUACAGCACUGACUUUACGACGCUCAAUCCAGCACCGUAUCCCUCAGUGGGGCUGGGAUCCUCCUCACAUCUCCUCCAACCCUCCCAGCACAUGCUGCCCCAGGAUAUGUACAAGCCCAAGCCUGUACCAAGCACAGGGCUAAUUGAGAGUCCCAUGGGCCUUAAGCCUGCCAGGGGAUCAGGAGGUUAUAGCGGAGGGGGGACGCCAGGCAGAUCUUCGUGUGACUGCCCCAACUGUCAGGAGCUGGAAAGACUGGGAGCUUCUGCUGCUUCCCUGAGGAAGAAACCGGUCCACAGCUGCCACAUCCCAGGCUGUGGGAAGGUUUAUGGCAAGGCCUCCCACCUGAAGGCCCACCUGCGCUGGCACACUGGCGAGAGGCCCUUUGUUUGCAACUGGCUGUUCUGCGGGAAGCGCUUCACCCGCUCUGACGAACUAGAGAGGCACGUGCGCACCCACACGCGGGAAAAGAAGUUCACCUGCUUGCUGUGCAACAAGCGCUUCACACGCAGCGACCACCUCUCCAAGCAUCAGAAGACCCACGCUGAUUCUGCCAUGCAGGGUAAAGCUGGAGCCGUGGAGGGAGACACUGAUCCUCGGGGGGAAGACACCCCAGAGCUCAACUCCAGCACAGCACCGGCCAAUCCCGCCACUGACCAAAUCACCGGCGGAGAGGAAAAGACUGGCACACCUAAUGGAGUGGAGAACAGCAGUGGAUUGUUGGAGAUCUGACUGCUUUAAGGCUUCUUUCAAACACAUUUAUGUACGAUAGAAGUUUGGGGGUUUUUUUCCGAAGAAACUUUCUUUUUUUUUAAAUGAGAAAAAUUCUUCAAAAAUAAAAAAUGAUUGAUGGUAAAAAAAAAACUGACAACAUAAAUGACUGAACAUGUUUUUGGACGCAUUCACUUUCUCUAGAACAUUCACACAAAGAGCACAUGCACAUGUCCACAUUUGCAUGCACGGGAAUAACUGCAAACAAAUGUGCCAGCACAUAUAAUACAUUCAUGCAUGCAAAGGUGCCCACAAAAAUAUGCGUGUUCAGAAACACAUACCAGUAAACACGCUCAUGCACACAUCUUGAAGUCUGCUCACAUUUUCUGCCUUUCAAAUGAGACAAACCACUGGGGAAAUUGCAAAAAAAGAAAAAAACAAAAGGCAGAAGGAAAAUAACUCUGAGGCUGCAAAAAGGAAAGACCAGGAUCUGUAAGGAUGACAUGAGUUGAAGCUUUGCAUGCCAGGAGAACAUUUUAAUUUAAAACUGUAUUCUGACAUCAACCACACUAUUGUCACAACCACCUUGAUGUAAAGAAUUUUUGUUUUUUGUAUUUGCUGUCUUUUGUCUAAUUUAAUUACAUAUUUACAUGAAUAAUCUAAUUUAUGUCUUAAAUUAUACACAUGUGAGAUGAUCCUGUUUCUUGCAGAAAAAAUUAGCUAAGAAUAAAAAAUAUGGUUAAAGAUGGCCAAAAAAAUGAAAUGCAUUAAAUUAAGACUUUUUUUUUCUUAUUUAUUAGUUAAACUGUGGAGCUUGAAGGGAAUGUUUUUAGUUAUUAUUUAUGGAUCUUGAAUUUUAAUAUUUUUCUGCAUCAUCUUUGAAUUGUUGGGUCUUCCACACCUGAAAUGCAAUGACUUAGAGAGGCUUUUUACUUUUUUUCAAUGCUAUAUAUUGACUACAAUAUGUAGAUUUUCUUAAAUGUAAUAUUUUUCUACUUAGUGUAUUUUCCUUGUGUUUUGUGAAUCUUGGGAAAUUAAAAAGUAUCUAUUUUACUUCUGUUAAAAGCAAUAUAAUUAAUCAAGCUUUAUGUGUCGAUCUUUAAGUGCCUCAGUAUGGUAGACAUGAGCUACCACUCUUUACUUUGCUGUGUAAAAAUACUUUGUGUAGUGAUGAAAAUCUCCUAAAGGUACAGAGUGUAAAGUUUUUGGUGUGGAUCUUGACAAUUUGGUGCUUUGAAGAGUAAAGAUGCUACAAAAAAAC